CGACGCGCAUAGACCGCACGCUCCUUCUGCGCACCCGUAGAGCGUCACCAACACAGUCCUGUGACGCAACCGCCUCCGCACCCUCGACCGCUGCCCACCUGCCCGCGCUACGGACGCCCAAGAACCUCGCUUGGACGCCCGAAACCACGCACAGGCAGCACGCGCCCAUUGUUUACGGCCGAGACACCUCAGGCAGGCACACCUCAGCAGUCGCAUCGAAAAGCGCUGGCCGCAUUGCCCCACCUAUACGCUGCUGGGAGACGUGGGUCUGCUGGAUCGCCAGACGCAGCGCGCUCAGCCCAGCGGCCCCGGCCAUGCUGCAUCUGCACAUGCAACACUCUCCUGCAGCCUCGUGAAUGACGACACCGACCCGGUUCCCUCCACAGCGCGCCUCCGCGGGCCCCUCGGCGAGCACGAGCAGCCAUGUCGUACUAUCAGGGCAACGGCCAGAACUACUACAACCCCAGCAUACCGCACUCGCAGGGCGCACAGCAGCCCUAUCAGGACCCCUAUGAGCGCGACAACGACGAGCAGGCGAACGGCGGCGCUGGAGGCUAUGGGUAUGCCAAUCCCGUGCGGCGCAACAGCUUUGCGAACCGCAACGACGAGCUGUUCAUUGGCAGCAGCGCAGCGUCCCCUGCCGUGAGCCAAGGACCGACAUCUCCUACCGUUGGCAGCUACGGGAGCAGCUACGGAUAUCAGUCGCCGCCGCAGCAGUACAACCCUCAGAACUACAAUGCCCCUGCUGUUGCGCUGCCGAACCCACAACACUACGGCGGCGUCAACAGGACAUUCGCAGCACCAGCCUCAUCACAUCAGCCCUACGUCCCCGCGGCCUAUGCUGAUAGCGGGCUGGCCAGGAACAGCACAGUCAGCCACCCAUAUGGCUUCUCUCCUACCUCUCCCACCGCCACAUACCCGUCGCCCACUGCUUACCAGAAUACUUCGCAGUUCGGCCGAACGGCCUCUCUCCAGGGCCGGUCGGCUUACUCGCCUCCAGCCCCGCCGCCGCUACCCGUGCCCCCGGGCAGCGCGACAUCAGCCUCAGAAGACUGGGGCAGCUAUCCGACACGAACGGCAUCGAAUGCGCACUCGCAAUCGCACUACCACUCUUCUCAUGCGCCCCUGCCAUCGCCCCCGUCCCACGAUACCGGGUACAGCGCGCAAGACCGAGUCGGUAGAUACAACUCGACCUCGAGCCUUCACUCAAACCCUCUGCCUCCGACGCCAGAGGUGCCUCCCCAUGCAUCACCACAGCGAACGAACACGGUCUCAUCGCGCCCCCUCCCCGACCCUCCUACCGAGUCCGACAGCGAUGAAUACUUCUCACCACACAACGGUCCCUCGUACAACCAGGACCAGUUAUUUGACGACGUCAUGAACAUGACCUCCGGCAACAGCCCGAGGAUUCAGGUGCAGCAACCGAACGGCAGCGAGUAUUACGACGAGACGGGCAGACGGGCCUCCGGGAGAAACGGCGAGCGUACGAAUGGGGAUCGUCUUGCGCCCUAUCCGGUCCGCGAUGUGUACAUGAGUGACGAUAGCGAUGUUGAAGCUGCUGCUGGCUUAGCUGCGCUCAGAUUAGCAGAAGAGCAGGAGGAAGCUGAUGAGGCGCGCCGGCGCAGUGGAGGAGCAGGACUGUUCAGCAGCUACGCGACGAUGCCCUCUCCACCUCUUCCCCAGGAGCCGAAUCGGCACGCCGAACGAAGUGCCAGCGAUAGCGACUAUGCGCCAGUUGACCUGGGUCUAUAUGGUGGAAAUUUCGCACCUUCAUUUGCAUAUGGAGGAGAUCCGAGACAAUUAGCGACCGGAAGCAGCCAUCCAGUCUCGUCGUCUGGCUCACAACGAAGAUCUGAGCCUGCUAGCGACGACUAUGAUCCCAUUCAUCCUUUCCCAUCAUUCUCGAGCAACGCGCGUGUUGAUACUUUUGGUACAGGUGGAUUAGAAGAGCCUAGCGCACGUCGGCGGAGCUAUGAUGAGGGGGAUGAGGUCACACUGAUGGACUCUGCAUCUGGCAUGUCUGGCGCGACGUUGCUGCCCUCCUCUGCGAUGCCUGGUGAGCCUCCUGAUAUGUUCUACCACCCCGGCAUAACCAACAGGCCUCUGCCACCUCCACCAACGAGCUCGGAUAGCGCCCGUCAACGGAUGAAUCACGCGAGCACCAGCUCGCAAGGAUCGUCUGGAACAUACGAGUACUGGCGUAACUUGCCAGCCUCUCACAACUCGUACCCCGUCGAUCCUAGUGCGAGGCCCAUGAUCUCGCCGACAGGUACACAAGUUCCCCGGUCCACGUCUCUACUCCAACAUAGCAACCCACCUCGCGAGAUACCACUUCCACGGUCGAAGACAGAUGCCGAACAACACAGGUUACGGCAAUCCAACCGCAACACCUUCUAUGGUGGAGCUGCGGACAGCGAUGGCAACACCUUAACUCCUGCUAGCGCUGAUGCGGUCGCAAUCGACCUACCUACCCUGCCAACAGGGAGGCGCUUCAAUCCGGCCAAGCUGUCUACCAACGACUUCAAGAAGUGCAUCGAGCCCUGGGCUCUCAGUUCAAUUAUCUCAUGGCUGAAAUUCAUGACUGAAGGGGAGAACGACCUUAAAGAGGGUCCAAUUCAGGAGGGACUUGUGGCUCUCUUCACCCACAAAGUGCCUACAAUGAACAUAGCUGAUGCAGAGACGCUUAGUAGUCGGGUCGUGCAAGAUAUGUACAAGGCAGGAACUCUGAUGCAUGACGAAGAAUGGCUCAAAUUUUCUUCGAUCAGCAUGACUGGCGUCAUUUUCCAACUCACGGGAGCUGGUUGCUAUGCGCCAAUGCUGCAUACACAGGCGAGCCCAGGGCGAUGCUACUCACACCAUUGCCAGAGGACGCUGAAGAAAAUUGACCUGCAUUCGCCUGCCGCUGCUGCCCGUAAGGAGGACUGGGCAACCUUCCAUAAGCUGAAGAAGGAGGACGUUGUGGGAGCGGACAAGAAGGAAGUCGAACGCCAGAACAACCUGCACGAGAUUGUGCAAGGAGAGGAUCAGUAUAUGGAUCGACUGGACGUCUUGCGCCGACUUUACCGAGACAGACUUGUGUCUGCACAACCUCCCGUCGUUCCACCCAAGAAGCUGAACAGAUUUAUCAACGAUGUGUUCAGCAAAGCAGACGCAGUGAAGAAGGCGAACGAGGACCAUUUGCUCCCCCAAAUCAAGUACAGACAACAAGAGCAGGGUCCUUGGAUUGUUGGCUUUAGUGACAUCUUCCGAGAAUGGAUUAGGAAGGCCAAGCAGGCGUACAUUGAAUACGCUGCCGCUUUCCCAUACGCCAGCUUCUUGGUGCGCCAAGAGGCCGACAGAAACAUGCUGUUCCGUGCUUUCUUGGACGAGACCCAGGCGCAUCGACUGUCUGAGAGGUUACCGUGGCAAAAUUUCCUCAAGGCCCCUAUCGACAGACUGCAGCGCUAUGGUCUUCUCAUUGACACGGUAAUUAAGAAUUCAAUCGUGGACAACGAUGAGAAGCGCAACCUCAUCAUCGCCAAGGAAGAGAUCAAAGCCGUCACGCUGGAGUGCGAUGCUCGGGUGGCUGAGAUGGAACGCAAGGUCAGUCUGACGGAUCUGCAAUCGAAGCUCAUCUUGCGACCUGGAAUGCAACGUGUCGAGCUCAACUUGGACCACCUGGGACGAGAGCUCAUCUACCGAGGAGAUCUGCAAAGGAUGGGAGGCAGUCGAUUCAACUGGCUUGAAACACAUGCUCUGCUUUUUGACCAUUACCUUGUAUUGGCAAAGACAGUCGCAUACCGUGAACAAGAUGGUGUGACGAAAUCUGAGAAGUACGAUGUCUCCAGGCUUCCCAUCCCCAUGGAUCUGCUUGUUCUAGAAAGCGAAGACGACGACCCUGUGGUACGCUCCAACUUGAAGGGCAUUGCUCCUGUUAAUAGGAUGGCACCCGGUGCCGGGCGGACAGCUGGCAGUCCAGGUCCCGGUUCGUUGGCCCACACGGCAACCUCGACUUCGAUGGGCUCAACAAGUACCGGCACGUCGGGAAAGACAAUGGUCAAUAAUACGAACUUGGAGGGCGCAAGGGAUGAGAAAAUUCUGUACCCAUUCAAGGUCAAGCAUCUUGGAAAGGAGACGUACACUCUAUACGCUUCGUCCGCGCAGAACAGGGCCGACUGGUGCGACAAACUCAUCAUUGCGAAGACACGUCAUGCAGCUGCGUUGUUCGCUCAAAACGCGGAGCCUUUCCGUCUGCGCGUAAUGGCUGACUCGGCGUUCGCAUAUGACAGCGUCAUGCCUACGACGAAGGGUAUCACCAUCAAGGGAACCCCACUCGACCGCUCCAUCGACGUGGUGGAGAAACUCUUCGCCAACUCAGGUCGGCCAGUGCCAAUCUGCAGAGCUCGUGUCAACUGUGCCACAGCCUUCAACCAACCUUAUGGCAAGCACGUCAUUGCUGUCGGUACUGAUAUCGGCGUGUAUAUUUCCGACUAUGACAACCCAAGAGGUUGGACAAAGGCGAUUCAAAUCCCACGAGUUACACAGAUUGCUGUCCUUGAGCAAUUCAGCUUGAUGCUACUCAUCUCCGACAAAUCGCUCAUCGCAUACCACCUCGAUGCCGUUUGCCCCGUCAGUGGCGUGCCUCCUUCUAAUGACUCGACUCGUCGGGCGCCGCAGAAACUGUCGGGCGCUCGUGACAUCGGGUUCUUCGCUACAGGCACCAUGAAGGACCGCACACUCGUCUUCUACAAGAAGCGUGAAGGCCUCUCCUCGACGUUCAAAGUUCUCGAACCGGUAUACCAAAAGUCCACAGAAAAGAAAUCUCGCAUCUGGAAGUCCGGCCGCACCGAGUUCUUCCGCGAAUACGACGAAUUCUACAUCCCUGCCGACUGCUAUACAAUCAACCUCUUCCACAGCUCCCUCGCCAUCUCAACAGCCAAGGGCUUCGAAGUCAUGACCCUUGAUAAGAAGCAGCCCUGGAGUGUGCCAGACCUCAAACAGCAACACGUCGCCACCAUCGCCUCGCGGCUCACCAACCAAGACCCGCUUGGCAUGUUCCGCCUCUCGGAUCAAGAGUUCCUGCUCUGCUACGAAGAGUGCGCGGUCUACAUCAAUAAAAAUGGCGACAUUAGUCGCUCCGUCAUCAUGGAGUUUGUCGGCAAGGCCAAGAGCGCGGCCAUGUACGGGCCGUAUGUCUUGCUCUUUGAUCCUGACUUCGUCGAGAUAAGAAAUGCACAGAACGGUAGACUUAGACAGGUCAUUGCCGGCAGAGAUGUCAAGUGUCUAGACGAUGGGCUGUCAGGCACGAGUGGGCACAAUCGCACGAUCAAGAUGAGCUUGCAGCAUCCGCAGGUCGAGAGAUGUCAGGUUGUGGUUGAGUUGGUGCUUAACGAGGGGCAGAAAGAGUAGAGUCGUCAUUGAAGGGCACAUGAGGAUGACGCUGGGCGGGGGUUUGCAUGUUUGUUUUGUUUCGCUGGAUACCUUGUGAUUUACCGCCAUCUCACAUUUAUUGCUUGUGUCAGUUACAGUUAGCGAUAGGGCGAUCUGGCCGUGCAGUGCUGGCGAGCAGGGACGGACGUCCUUGUUCAGGGCUUAUUGUCAUCGUGACGCUACAUAGGCAAUGAUAAUGUACAUGCAUCUAGCUCCGA